UCUCUUCUUCCUUAUCUCAAAUUCUUCUUCAUUUUUGCACACCAAAGGGGAUCAAGUUUUUUUUUUUUCUUCAAGGUUUCCUUCUUGCACAUUAUUUUUUCUUUGUGCAAACAAAACCAGAAUUAAUCAUGAAUGACAUAAAUUUCACUCCACAGUUUUCGUUUUCAAGAAACUCUUCUUCAUUAUUAUCAGAGCUUUUGUUAACAAGUGGAACGAAUCCACUAGAUUCAAUCUUCUUCUCAUCAAAUCCCAAUACUUGUUCUUCAAGCGGAGCCAUUGUUAGUAACCCUUUAGAAUCAAUCGGUUCUUCCGUUUAUCUCCGCCAAAGAGAAUUUCUUGAAAAAUUCAAUUUUGAAAGGUCUAAGACUAACAACACUGCAACUCAAAACUCCCCAAUCCCAGAAAGACAAGUGCAAAAUACUACUUCAUAUCUUAGUAGUACUAGUAGAAGUGAUAAGAUGAAGAAGCUUUACAGAGGUGUCAGACAAAGACAUUGGGGAAAAUGGGUAGCUGAAAUACGACUACCACAAAACAGAAUCAGAGUUUGGUUGGGAACUUAUGAUACAGCUGAGGUAGCGGCGUACGCGUAUGAUGUUGCAGCGUAUAAAUUAAGAGGAGAGUAUGCUCGGUUGAAUUUUCCUAACCUUGGAGAUGAAUCCAAGUUAAGGUUUUCGGAUCGAGCACGACUUAGUGCACUGCGGUCUUCAGUUGAUACUAAAAUUCAAGCAAUUUGCCAAAAGGUCAGGAGGGAGAAAGGAAGAAGAAAGAAAGCAAAAGGAAAUACUAGUAGUGAUAACAAAACUAGUAGUGACACAAUACCAAAUCCGAAUUCAGUUUCGGGGUUGAAUUUGUAUUCUAUUUCAGAAGAAGAAUCUUCAUCGACAAAAAGUGGUAACUGUUCGGAUUCAUCCCAAGAUGUGAAUUGUUCUUCAAUGCUGCUGGGUGGUGGUGAAGAAGAUCAUGAUAUGGAAUAUGAAGGUUGUUGUUCACUUGCUAGAAUGCCAUCUUAUGAUCCAGAAUUAAUUUGGGAAGUUCUUGCUAAUCCAAUUUGUUGUUAAGUCGUUUUUAAAUUAUACGAUUUGGUGUAAUAAGUAAGAUGAGAAAGUAUAAAAAUGUGAUUGAUUUUAUUUGUUCAAUUCAUAUUAUUAUGAUCAGUGGAAGGAAAUGGUUUGGGUUAAACCUUGUUAAUGAAACGGCUAAGAU